AUGCGGCUCUUUCUCUUCGUCAUUUUCCUCACUGUAAAUGCUCUGGUCGAUUGUCGUGGAGGACGAAGAGGAGGAAAAGGAAAGGGAAAGAACAACCUACAAUUUGCACAAGUGGCUGAGUUCUCACUUAUUCACACACAACUCGCUGAUAAUCGGAGUGCUCACAUCGUCACUGGCUCACACUUCAGUCAGACAUUCCGUCUCGGAUAUAAAUUGAUAAUUAUAUGCAAAGCCAGAGGUAAUCCACGACCAACCAUCAAAUGGUACAAAGAAAGCGCAGAACUUCAUCCAAGGCAGAAUAUCCACUACUAUGAAAAACCCAUCGAUGACGAUAUGCUCUGGAGCAAGUUGGAGAUAGAUCCAGCAACUAUGGGCGAUCAAGGAGUGUACGCGUGCGUUGCAAACAAUGAACACGGAGUGAUGGCGAAGAACUUCAAAGCCGAAUACACAUACUGA